GGCGAUGUCCCAAUAAAGAAUAAGCGCGGUCCUGGUCCCGUCAUUUUUUGCGCGCUCCAAAUUUUCAUAUAUUCGCUCGCCGUCGCCCGCGUCGACCUGACGGUAUUUUCGUACAUUUUUGCGGAUGUAGUAGUUAGUUUUUAAAGACGGCCGGUUUUCGAAGGACGCAACUACUCAACAGCGCGCCAGUUUGAAUCGCGCGCGGACUUGCAAUUUUUUUUCGUUCGAAUUUCGCCGCUUUUCGCGGCUUUUCCCUCUCGCGACGGUCAGUGCCUUCUUCAACCCUUUGACGUUUCCGUAUAGUGCGAAAACACAUGAGUCACGCACAAACACUGCUAGCCGUCGAGUAGACAUGGAUUUUUCCGAGGUUUCUCUAUGACUUUUGGACUUUUCGUUGCAUCAAGGUGAACAUUCAUUACGAUGGUCGACACUCAACACUUCUGUCUUCGUUGGAAUAACUAUCAGAGCAGCAUCACUUCUGCCUUUGAGAACCUGCGAGACGAUGAAGACUUCGUCGACGUCACGUUGGCCUGCGACGGCAAAAGUCUGAAGGCUCACCGAGUUGUUUUGUCCGCAUGCAGUCCAUAUUUUCGAGAGUUACUUAAGUCUACUCCCUGUAAACACCCUGUGAUAGUCCUGCAAGAUGUAGCGUGGACGGACUUACACGCCCUGGUGGAGUUCAUCUAUCACGGCGAAGUCAAUGUACAUCAACGAUCUCUCUCCUCUUUCCUCAAAACGGCGGAGGUUUUAAGAGUUAGCGGUCUCACACAGCAGCAUGGCGACGGUCGUGAGCAGUUGGCUCAAGUUCAAAGUCUGAUUCGAUCUCAAUCACAACAUCAACAACAACCCCAACCACCUACACCUCCCGUGCAAAACCACCACGGAAACUACACAGACAGGCUGGUAGAAGACGCACUGUUUUCUUCACCGUCAUCACCUCCACACGGAGCCACUGUCAAUCAGCUUUUAAGAAGGGCAGCAAUGCAGUACAGAAGAGAUAGUAGGCGAAUAUCGGCUGAUCCAGAAAGCGAACACAAGCGAGCCAGAUCAGAACAUAUCAUAGGUAAUAAUAACAAUAACGAAUUGAAUUUAUCACACAAUCCGCCACAGACUCAGCCGGCAGACUUCUCACCCAGCGCAAUGAAGAACAACGCUCUCAACCUAAACGUAAAUUCCGGCAUUAAAUCGGACAUUAUUGAAGGUAACGGUAUAAGCAGUACGGAUAGAGAAAACUCACCGUGCUCACCCUCCCCUACUCUACAACACUCAAGAUGCCACAGUGACAGUAACGAGAACAACGUCAAAAACGAACCAAUGGAAUUGCUUUGUAGUACAAAUCAACCUGAUGACAACAGCUUUCGUUUUUUCAGUAACGACUCGGGCGAGCCCACCACCCACGAGAACGGGCCUAACAACCUGCCUCACGGGCCCCACUCAGGGGGCAGUUCAGGGGGAGACCACGAAGACCACGACAGUCCUAUAGGGCCCUACCUGACGUCAUCGGAGAGCAAGUUGUUCGCCACGGCGGCCGGCGGCUUCAAUUUCAGCAUGGCGGCGCUGGCAGCCGACCCAGCUGCCCUAGGAAGUAAGUUCGAUCUGUUUGUUCCAGGUUUAAAUCAAUCCCUCCAAGGAAACGACUCAAUGGCCGGUACCUCACAAGCCUUAGGAGCCAGACGACCUCUCCCCUUGCCACUGGGCGCCGCCGCCAGCCACCGGUGCGACCUCUGCGGCAAACUGCUCAGCACCAAACUGACGCUGAAGCGCCACAAGGAACAGCAGCACCUGCAACCGCUCAACAGCGCCGUCUGUCAGCUGUGCCAAAAGGUGUUCCGCACGCUAAACUCUCUAAACAACCACAGAAGCAUAUACCACCGGAGGCCGAAGUGAAGCGAUACGUGGCUGGGGCGGGGUGGUUGAGGUAUGAGACUGAGGUGCAGAGAAAAAGCAGAUUCAUCCGUAGGGCCCCGUAUUUUACUCGAUUACGACGAAAUUGCUUACUUAGAAGUGCAAUCUCUUUAAUCCGAACACCACAUGAUAAUUUAUUUUUAGAAUAUAAACCGAGUAAAGGUUGGUUCUCACUAUAAGUUUCGUAUCCGUUACAUUCCGUUUUCGUUUCAUUUACAUAAACAAAGACAAAACGCUAUAUCAACGGAACAGAAAGUAUGCAUAUUCCGAUUCAUUUACAAGAUAUACUAUAUAUACUUACAAAAUAUACUUUACGUAAACGGAAUGUCACGGAGGAAUGUAUAAUGAGAUCAACCUUUAGCCGGAUGAAGAAAUAUUUUAACUCUGAACGUAGGCUUUAAAAGACAAAUUUAUUUCCUAUCUUUUUUACAACAUGGUUUACUGAAAAUUGUUCUAUCAAAUAUCAACAAUAAUUUUUAUGUUAAUAAACGUGUGUUGACCCGAAGCGAGUUGAUGUUAAAUAUCUUCUAAAUAAUGGUGUUAUAAUUAAAGCCCUAAAAAUACUCACAAUCUUAUCUUAAUCUAUUUUGACCAUCAGGUGUUAUAAGGCUAAAUGUAAUCCAAUAGGAAAAUUGCAAACAGAAAAAAGCUUGAAAAUUAAAAUAUCAUAUAAUAACACAGUAAUAAACAAGAAAUUCACAGUAGAGAGUGAUAUAAAGUUAUAACAAUAUGUGGUGGCAAAAGAAUUAUGAGAUAGAAAAUCUUCUAUUUCAUAAAUUUGAUAUUACAAUGCUGUUGCUUCUAUUAUCCUAAUGAUCCAAUUCAUCCAAUUUAAAACUGAAUAUUAUACAAAAGAUGACACUGUAAUAUAAACUAUUUGUUGAAAUUAAAAAUAUAUGCACUGCAUACAUUUUACUAACUAUAUUAAGACAAAUUCAGAUUGUCAGAAAUCUUUAAAUUAAACUGAAUUAAAACUAAAAUCAAUGUAGUUAAACGAUUAUAGUUAAUAUAAUAAUGUUUAAUACAUUUUUUAUCAACAAAUCUUUAUUAUGUUCAAGUUUUAUUAUAGUAUUUAAAAAUUAGGAAAAGAUAUAUUAGCAAAAAAGAAGAGAAAAUAGAGUUUUGGUUGGAAAUUUUUUGUAUUUUGACUUAUGACGUUUAUUUUUUAUAAUAUAGUAUCCCGAUUAUUAAAUGAAUUAAAUUAUUUGUUGAUAUUUUAAGGGCACAGUUUCUCACAAGCUAGUUCCAAAUCUCUUAAAUUUAUCUCGAAACUCUUAGAGGCGAUAACAACAAUUAAAAUGUUUCUAUUACAUGUGACUGGAUUAAGGAAAUUGCACUGUAAUUUGAAAUAUUAUGUCAUACGAUCCUCAAAAAUAAUAUUUUAAAGCACAACUGAUACAGGAAAUUUAUAUACAAGAAUUAUUUACAAAAUGUUUUUAACAGAUAAAUCAGAAGUACUAUUAAAAACAACAUUUAUGGUUUUUGAAAAUAUUCCUAUCAAUAAUCAAGUUAUUACUUAAUAUUUAAUUUUUAGAAUAUAGUGAAAAAUAUAUACAUAAUCGUAAGUUUAUAUAUUAUUAAAAUAUGUUUUUCCUUUAUAACUUAUGUUACAUUUAUAUAGUUAUAGAAUUAGAAAAAAAAACCUUAAUUGAAAAAAUAUUGUGAUAAUAGAAUAUUUUAUUGAGAGUUAUGAACAUUUUAGGUAACAAAAAUAAAAAAAAAUAUAGUUUAUUUCAAUUUAUGAACUGUUAUCAGUUGUGUUUAAGAAUAGUUAACAUCACGUAUACGUCCAACCAAGAUAGUUUCCGACAAUUUUGUAAAUUUUGUUGCUGCAUUAAAAGUAGAUAAAUAUCUUAGAUAAAUAUAUUUGUCUAACUUUAUCUCAAAGAUAGCUGGAAUAAAAAUUAAAAUAUUAACAAAUUCACAAUAGUAUUGACAAUUAUUUCCUAAUCUAUUUUUUUGCAGCUACGAAAUCAAAAACUUGCAGACAGCAAAAUUAUAAAAGUAUUGCUUUUAGCAAAACUUUACGCAAUAAUUUCAUUUUAUAAAAACACUGUAAUCAAUGACAUUGCACAUUUAUAUAUUAAUCCCUUUCUCAUUUUUUUUGUAAUUUUAGUAUUUGGAUCUUAACAUAAAAUAUUAAACAUUUCAAUUCUAGACAAAUUUACAAUUAAGUCAGAUAAGUUAUAAGCCAGUUUACUUUUCUUCAAAUUAUUUUUUUUUAUUUUUCUACAGUAAUAAAAAAAGAAAACUUACAAACGAUUUUACAGAUAAAACAGACAAAGCAGAAAGCAAAUAAAUAUUUAAAUGCUAUUAAUUUAUAAAAUAUCUAACUCAGAGAGACUUACUAUUAUCCAAAUGCCAUAAACAAAUAUUGGUGUAUCAGAUACGAAACGGUUAUGAACAGAAAGGAAGUACUUAACUAUAAAAUCUUCCUAAUCACCUCUAAUUAUUUAAUCAUUUUGACCAAAAACACAUAAAAAUAUUGAAUUUAAUUCAUUAUGUUUUCAGUUUUAUUCUACAUUCCGUUUAGAUUUCCCGUUUAGUUUUUAUAUAUUACAAUAUAAUUAUGUAAAUUAGACCACUAUAUAUUCAUUCUUUAUAAUUUUCAAGGCUUUCAAGCAUCUACAAAGUACAUAUAUAAAUAGUACUACUAUUAAGCAAUGAUUCUAUUUAACAUAUACUUAAUUAUAUUAAAUUUAUUUAAAACGAUAUCUCAAAUUAAUAUGUACAUACGAGUGCGUAUUAUAGUACUUAGAAAAAAAUAUACCGUACAAAAUUAGUGAAUUGAUGAUAAUGAGUGACACAAAUUCAAAAAAAUAUCAAUCAAAAAGACUGUUUAGUGUACACGUUUAGAGUACAAGGUAAAGUUACCAUGUUAAUGAGUCUCAACUAAAUAAAUAUAUUUUAUUGGAAACAAAACUGUUUCAAAGACUGAACUUAGUUGAUUGGAAGCAAAAAGGACUGAAAGUAAUCAAAAUUAGGAUAGAAUAAAACUAAGAACUGUGAUAUCAACAGAGUAUUAAUUUAUUUUGGUUUUUCAUCUCGAAAAUAUAUUUUUAUACAAAUAAUUUUUAAAUUGGAAAAAUCAUUGUUUACUGUUCACUAAUUUUGUACAACUUAAUUGAAAAUACUAUGUAUGUAAAAUACCUACUAAGAAUAUGACGUUACAUUUAUUUUUCAAUAUUUUAGGCGCUGUGAUAUUUUGUUAAAAGUUUUAUAAUUUCUUUAUUGUAAAAUGUAACGUUAUUCAACUUGUAUAUUAAAAUUUGUAUAAAACACUCUUUCAGAUAAUGUUAUAUAGAGUAUUUGCCUUAUUUUAUAUUACUGGGUGAAAGGGGAUUUCUUAAUAGAUAUAAUAAUAUAUUUUUCAUUUAGUAUAAGGAAAUUAUAUAUAAUAUAUUUUGUAUUUUUUAAAGCUUUUAAAUGUAGUACAUAAAGAUAACUUUAAAAUUGUGCAAUAAAAAAUAUGUUGACAUCGUUAAACAAAAAAAGUUUUUCUAGUCAUCUUGUUCUCGUAUUCUUUUCGGUAUUUACUGAUUUAAAUUAAUACUUUUAUGUGCUACAUUCGACACCUAGUGCUUGCACAAUAAAAUAAAUAAAAAUAUAUAUUUUAGUGUUUAGUAGCUUCACGAAUUUUUAGUUUUGUACUACAGGAAUCAAUAUGUUUUUAUAUUAACAUAACAAUGGUAAAGUUUACCGUAAUUUCAUUACUAUAAAGAUAAUAUGUAGAUAAUAUGUUGUUAAUAUAAAAACAUGUAUAUUAAUCAUAUUCUAAGAUAUCUAGUAAGUUCUUAUUACAUUACACUGUUUCACAUAAUUAUUUUAUUUAGUUAAGAAUUAUUGUUUAGGGUUAAGUGAUGUUCAUUACUAUAUAGAUAUAAAGUAUGUUUAUAAUUUUCUUAAAAAAUGGAGAGGACAGGACUUACUACGUUUAAAAAGACUGAAAUUUUAUAUUUUCUUGAGACUUGAAGGUAUUCUUUAAGACUGAAUCUGACUAGUUUGACUGAUUUGCUAUUUGGAAUCGCGGUCUAUCUCUUAUUUUUUUUCUAGACUUUUAAGAUAUUGGCAACCCCGUUAGUUUUCUUUUGUGUUACUUUGAAAUUUUAGAAGAGCACCUUAUUUAUUACUUAACUUUUAAGGUUUAUAUUAUUCUAAUUCAAUCCAGUAAGCAUUUUUUUAUCUAUAUUUUUCAAUACUACGUGCUCUUUCUAAGAAAAUUUAUUAGUCCUGUUAGAGACGUUUUUUCUUUUUAUUUUUUUGCAUUAUAGGCAUGUUUCAAUGUUGUUUGAUGCAAUAUUUUAUCAUAUUUUAUGUAACUGUUGUGUAACUUUUAUUUAUGUUUAAAUAUAUUUUUACAUUUGCAAAGCAA